GGAUGGAAUUGAGCGUGCUCCCAAUUCCAAUGCAGUGUUUCAGCGAGAGCGAGAGAGACAAUCUUUACAGAAUUGACGCUGGGUAUUUGAACGUAAAUUACCCACAUUUGCACGCAAAGGACGCCGAGGGGUUGCAGACUUGAUGACUGCGAAGAAUUUACGCACUAUGCGUAGGAAAUCGUCGCAACAUACGCCCUGAAUAAGCUCCUACCUAGUUCUGUGAAAAGGUGCUAGUUCGGGUGUGGGGACUCGUUGUUUCAAGUAGCGCAAUUCAACGACGCAUCUGCAAAUACUGGGUGCUGGAUGUGGUUUGGGGAAAUAGGAGACCGUCGUUUUAUUUUGGAUUAGGCUGCUGCAUAGAAUUUGUAUAAUUGAUUCAAAAAGCAAUGGACAUCUAUCCAUAAGACUGCCGCGAACUUCGAAGUCUGUUUUGCACACUGUGGUAUAUACAAAAUAAUUGCUAUAUGAAUACGAAGCAUUGUGUGAGGCAAAGCAAGUGAAAAACACAAAUGCAAUUCAGUGCCGUUAUUUAAUUACAUGCAUCUUGUGCUUUGAACAUUGCAGUGCCUUGUUGCGCCGGCGCUACUGCAGAAGAGAGACGCAUCAGGUGCGUUCAAAUUAAAUUAGUUAAAAGGACAAGUUUGGAUGCAAAAAAUUAAGUGUUGGGAGGCAGAUCACCCGGAGCCUUACUUGUUAUUCAUGGUGAAACGUGUGGGUCCUACGAACUCGAGCCCCAGACCGCCUCACAUAGCCACAAAAACUAGGAUCCGUCCAUCCUUGCUGACGGUGCAGUAUUCGUCUACCAGGCUGUCCAGCCAUAGUUAAGCAGAUAACGUUGAUUGCUAUAAGCUUUGAACCCGGUUGAAGUAAGCCGAAGUAGAGACGUUUUAUGUUCUAAAGAAGAUUUUUUUUUACAUAUGUAGGAGCAAGUCCUCGACCGUUUUAUAUGUAUAGAACAAGACAAGUAUUUUUUUGCAAGCCAGCAUCACCCUACUAAAAAAAACCAACGUAAGGAUUUAUCGUAAGUGGCGUCAUAAAAAGGAUCUGUGACAUUGCGAUUUUAUUUUUUCCUUCCGCCGUUACUCUGUAAUUAAGAAUUUAACGUAGGGGCUACGCUGGGUAUUAAAUUUGGAAAAAGGGAGAAGGUGGAGCACUUCCCGUCGUACGUGUUGACGCAGUGGGGUUUCUACGUCUGGUCGGCGUUCCCCCCCGCCCCUCCCGCGGUGACGGCGAUGGGUAGGAAGCGGUGUGUCGGUGCAGAUUGUUCCAAGAUGGCGGCCGGGUGCUGCGGGGUGAAGAAGCAGAAGCUGUCGGGGUCCCCCGGUUCGGGGGGUCUCUGCGGGGCGGGGAGCGGUGGAGCUGGGACGGGACACUGCGGCUCGGACCUGGGGAUUGGCUCCUCGUCGGUAGUGGCGGCGGGGAGCGUGAAUCGGGUGAACGGCCUGGGGGGUCCGGGUUGUAGCGUUAGCGGCAACAGCAAUGGGCUCUCCCCAACUUCGGGAGGCUACAACACCACUGGUCUCUCCUCGAACCUCAGCCCCGGACUCGGCUCUGGCAGCGGGGGCAGGAAGAUGGUUGUUUCGGCGGAAAUGUGCUGCUUCUGUUUUGACGUUCUCUAUUGCCAUCUAUAUGGGUACCAGCCUCCUCGGACACCGAGGUUCACCAACGACCCAUACCCGCUGUUUGUCACAUGGAAGAUUGGCCGUGAUAAGCGAUUGAGGGGUUGUAUAGGUACUUUUUCUGCCAUGAACCUGCACUCAGGACUCAGGGAGUACACACUUACCAGUGCCCUUAAAGACAGCCGCUUUCCCCCCAUGACGAGGGAAGAGUUGCCACGGCUUUUCUGCUCCGUGUCUCUGCUCACCAACUUUGAAGAUGUUGGUGAUUAUCUAGACUGGGAGGUGGGUGUACAUGGCAUUAGGAUAGAAUUUUUCAAUGAGAAAGGAUCAAAGCGCACUGCCACCUACCUGCCAGAGGUUGCAAAGGAGCAAGGUUGGGACCACAUUCAGACCAUAGAUUCCUUAUUGCGAAAGGGCGGUUACAAAGCUCCCAUCACUAAUGACUUCAGGAAGACCAUUAAAUUGACCAGGUAUCGUAGUGAAAAGAUGACCAUGAACUACACGGAUUACAUCAGCCUUCGCCAGCAACACCAUCACUACCAGAACGGCAUCGGGCACCCUCUCCCCCCAUACAACCAUUAUUCCUGACAGCGAGCCGCAUGACCAGUCACUGGACCUCUUUCCAGGAGAGCCCGCCCCUUCCUGGUCUAGCUAUCUCUACUACUGUACCAUUUUAUGAUGAUAGUUUCCGUUGCCAUGGCGUCGGUCGCACGACCUCGGCAUGGCAACGGGCGGCAACUCCAUCAUAUCAAAUUUUGAUAAACACCAAUUUCUCCUUUUUAUUUUGUGUUAGAAGUUAAUGAGUUUUUGCAGCAUAUAUAUAUAUAUAUAUAUAAAUCUAAUCCCUCUUUUCCUUUAAACAUUUAGAUUUUUCUUUUUAAUUAAUAUCAUAAUCCUAAUCAGGUUAUUAUUGUGUCUGUGGAUGGAAGGAAGAGUUGAGUUGAUAAUGGGUUACUUUGUUUAGGUUGGCUUAUUUUAGUUUGUGUGUUUAGGCUUUGUAGGAUGUAUUAAUUAGGGGUUAUUUUAUUUUUGACUUGACAGAAUCUUCCCCCGAUCUGACCUUAUGUACAAUGUAAUUAGCAGGACCGUGUCCAUUUACUUUUGCGUGCGUUUGCAGUAUAGAGUAGUUGAUUUUUUCAUCCAGCAGUGUAAUGACGAGUGUACUGUUUGAGCUGUCAGUUUUUAGUGUGCUGGGUAUUUUAGCUUGUGUGCUGCAGGUGGGAGCAGUCUGGUAAAACCAGCUUGGGGUAAAGCUAGUUUUAGGGCCUACAAUCAGGAUUGCUGAUAUAAUAUUGUGAAAAUUGCAAAUCUGAAGACAUACUUGUCGGAAACCGACAAUUACCAAAUAAAUUAGAUUGCAGAAAUAUUUUUUUCAUUUUAUCCAAAAUAAUUUCCUCCCAGGCAAUAAUUACACUCUGUGCUUGUUUAAAACUUGUAACUGAAACAAAUUAGCCAGUACGAUAUAACAGUGUAAUGAGACUUUUAUAUAAAAAAUGUGUCUUACCCAGUGUGUCUUCCACAUUAAUCGAAAUUGUAACAAUUUGUCGUCCACAGGUUAUUUAAUUGUUACAUAAUCUGUUUUGAAAUGAAUAUCUGCUAUCGGUACAUUUAUUAGGAUUUUUUUUUUUUUUUUGGUGGAAUGAAAGUAGAACUCAUUCUACAUUUAAGAGACUGAUUGUAAAAUAAGGCUGAUCUCUAAAGACAGGUUAGAUGAAUUGCAUGUAAAUUGAGAGGCAGCAGUAGCCAUUAGAAUUUGGGGCCCUGUUAACUUCGAUUUAUUUCUUUAUUCUUUUAACAGAUCAUGUAAUAGCUGCAUAACCUGCCAGGUAUUUUACUGUGGUGAAAACCAGUUAAUUGAGGGCUGAAAAAAAUAAAAAAAUCUGCUAAGAGCAAAUGUACUAAAAGCCAUACUUCUUAUAAUGCAUGCAUCUGUAUCUGUCUGUUUUAUAUUUAAGGAAGAUGGUAGAGUUGUAACGUUUUGGAGCUGGGAUGCUGCGGCUGUAUUGUGCUCUAGUGCCAUACAUACUGGAAUGCUGCAGAUGUCUCAGGAAUUUCAAAGCUUUUAACUUGGGAUUUCAGGAUUUUCUUUUGUUUUUUGGAAAUUCCACCAACGGUUCAGGACCGCUGUGUAGAAAUGUAAUCCCUGUAAUCAUCAAAUUUCAUAAGGGUUUCUUGUAAAAACUAAAAUACACUGAGUUUGUUACUUUACUUGCAUUGGUGUUACCAGUCUCAACAUAUUCCAACUGUAUCAAAUUUCCAUAGGACACUACAGAAAUCUGUGAUAUUCCUCGGAUAAAUACAUUUUUAAAAGUGUGUUGUCAUCUAGUAACAGUGCCAGCGAUAAAAAAUAUGGUUGUGAACCAGUGUGUAUUGGAUGUUUGUUAGCAUGCUACAGGUUUUUAGAUGUGGUUUGUCGUGUUUCUAAAGGGGAGUCCUUGUUGCUCCUUGGGCAUGUAAGCAAAAUAUAAUCACUCUGGCAAAAUGAAGUUCUUGUAACAGUCAGCGACGUUAGGAAACAGGCUAGUCUGUGAAAUCAGAGAGACACAAUGUAGUUUGGAAAUAAGUUAGGUGAGUAAGCCAUGUUAAAGCCACUCUGCCACACUUUGAUUUGUAACCCCUCGCUGUCAGUGCUGGAUGUCACGCUGCAUAGGGUGGAGUCCAUGCUCAUUUUAGAUCUCAUUGCAGGCUUGAAUUUCAAAGCCCAAGUUUGGUGAAACCACUAUUGGCCAUAUCUAUUUAUUGGUAGUUUUUCAUCAGUUGAUCGAAUCUGUAUGAGAUCAAUGUGACUGGUAUAAUGAGCGGACAUCAGAAUUGGCCAAGUGAUUGGUGAGAGAAGAGCAACUACCAGGGAUCUGGUACAGGUUUGACCUUGCUCACUGAGUGUGUUUUAUAGUUGCAUGAUCCAGUUAAGAUGACUUACUCACCUCCUAGUUACUGUAAGGAAGCAACUUGUAACUGUUAAGGGCCUUUGGUAUUCCAUCCACAGCAAUCUUAUAGUCCAAAAAAGAAAACUUCAGUUGUGUUGCCUUAAUAUUAAUAAAUAAUAAAGUGGGACCAGAAAAAACAGUGGUUGGAUGCUCUCUAGUUUUGAAUUGGCAGAACUAAAUAAUAUCUCCAAGCAAUGCAAUCCAAGAAUGUGAGGAUGGAGCAUCCAGACCUCCAUGUUGCUUCUGGUCCCUAUUGAAAAUGAGUACAAACUGAAUAUUGUCUGCUGCAAAACCAAGUCUACUAGAUUCCUUAAAAAAAACGGAAUCCUAUAAACAUUCAACCUAUUGUUUUUGCUUCGGCAUGCUCAUCCUACUGCUAGAGAUUAUUAAAGAGAUAAAUACAAUUUCUAUGGUGCUAAUGGACCUAGUGUUGGGGAGGGGUCACAUGACUGGUCAUGUGGACUCAUCAAUCAUAUCAGACUAUAACCCUUGAUAUAUGCAGAUCUGUUUUACAGAUGUUUCUUACCAGUGUAAAAAUGAUGAUAAACUAAUCCUGCAGGUUUGAAAGGACCAGGAUGAACAGUUCAUGCCCUCCAUUGCCUGGGGUAAACGGCAGUUUUUAAUCGUCUCUGUAGAUUGCGGCAUUGAAGAGCAAAUUCAUUCUUGUACUUUUUAAAUGUGACAAGUGGUGACUAUGAAACCAAGAUCUUGCAGGUUUUACUAGGUGGGGUACCCUUGUCUAUCUGCUCUCAAAACAGGACCUGGAGCAUUCACUUAGGUGCAAUAUAUAUUUAUAUAUAUAUAUAUAUAUAUAUAUAUAUAUAUAUAUAUAUAUAAUAUAUACACACUUAUUCACUCUCAAAGCAAAAUGCUGUACAGCACAUUCUGUUUACAUACAUCUCUUGUUAUAGGAUAAUCUGUUAGUGCUUUUUAUAUGGGCCUACUUUUUUUUUUUAUUGUUCUAAUUUGGUCACUGAUACACAUUUGGUAAAAUGAUAUACUACAGCCAAUUAGGGACUUUAAUAAGGAACUAGUUUUCCAAGUUCAAAAGAAAAUGUUCUACGGUUUGCUAGCUGUUAACAUGCAAAAAUCAGAAGUGUUUGAUCGGGAUUUCUUUUAUAUAUAAUCCAAGUACAAGCGUCAGUCUGGCCUGUUUCAAAUGUUUUGCUGUGCACAUAAAAUGAAUCUUGAACUCCCAAACGUAUGAUUUGUUUAAUCCAGGCAGUGAUUUCUAUAUUUUGUUAUUACAUUCACCAUGCACACAAUACUAUUUACAAAAUUAGGGCUGGCCUUUGUACUCCAGAGGUCGGUAGCUCGCUGACAUCCGCACUCAAGUUCCUGGGUGUAAAAGAGGAAGCUGGCGGGUAGUGGGAUCAGAGGAUGCCCACUGAACCUUUAGUUCUCCUGAGUUGUUGAGGGGAAAAUGACUGGACAUUUCAAAUUAGGGAGUAAAAUAAUUGGGCACAAUAAACAUUUUAAAAAUUAUUUUGCAAAUAGAUUUGUGUUUUGCAAAAUUUUACAACUGCAGUCAUACAUUCUAAUGUCAGAUUAACUUUGCAUGGUGUCUUGCUUUUUCUUCUUUUUCAUAUUAAGCUUCUCUUGACAGUCCAGCAGCAGCACAGAGCCUCUUUCAGAACUGGCGAGGCAACUUUACAAUUAUAAAUUAGAAUUGUUCUAAUAACAUAUGAAUUAAAAUGACUUAAAUUGGCUUUGAUAUGUGCAAUGCAUAACAUUGAGUGAAUGUGACCAGGUCCAUGUUUUGAGAUAAGAGCCAAAGUAAGAGAUUUAAAGUUUAAAACGUCUGUAGGUGGUCGUCGUCUUAAACCUACAGGCUUGUGUACAACUGUGCUGUGCGUCGGUCUCCAACGGCGUUGUUCUUUUCAAUGCCCGGCUACUUUCCUUCACUGAUGCAAUGUCUAUAGAAAUGCAUAGGACUAGUAAAGAUCGACCAUUUUUUGUGGGCUGUAAUCAAAGCCACAAAGGUUUUGUUUUUGUUUCCUUCUUUUAAGUGUGUCUGGAGCAUGUAGGCUACAUUACCUUUGUGUGUUAGAUCAAACCAAAGAGGCCUCCAGCCAUGUCCAAAUGCUGCUCAGAAAGUCUGCCUUCCUGUCCUUCCAAAACACCCUGCAGGAGAAGAGAUUCACCUUUUUGUUGUUUGUUUUUUUAAUAAAAUGUAGUACAAUUUAACAGUUUUUUUGCUAGCAAACUUUAUUCAAUCAAGUUUAAUUUAAAGUCUGAAUGUCCUAUGAAAUGACAUCAGAUGUUUUAAAAACUGGUUAUGGUUUUUUUUGUUUUUUAUAUACAAGAAAACCCCAUAGCGUGCCUAUUAGAUUUAUGGGUUUCUUAAUGUGUUCUUACUGUUUUUUUUUCUUCCUAAAGACCAGCAGUGAUACUUUAUAUACGAAGAUAUGUUGAUACUUACUUUGAUUUGUAAUUUAAGGAAAAGCCUCUUAUUUUACCCUGGACCCAGUAGCUGCGCUGGUAUACAAUCGCACUGAUAGAAUUAUACAAAAUAAUAAUACAAUACUACAAUAAACUUGUGUUUGGAACUUUUUGUAAAAAAAAACGAAAAAAUAAAUAAAUAACUGUUUUUGUAUAUCCAAAGUUGAUUUUUUUCAAAAUAUUUUGGAUCUAGUUAUUUUAGUGCUUUUACAUGUUCCAAGAGAAUUAGUUUGAAUCUAUCGCCAACAGAGAGAGAGAUGUGGUGAUAUUCUGGGCUAAGGGCUGCCUGGUGUAGUUUCUGGCCCUCCUUGUUUUACUUCAUAGAGACUUGAAAGUAGACCUGAAAGAAAAAGUGCCCUUCGAGAUCCUCCUUCCUUUUCCUUCCACAUUGAGUUGCUGUUAGUGUGACAAACGCUCCAAGUGAGCAUUUAAUAUGAUAGUAAGGCUCCAAAAAAAAAAAAAAAAAAUUUAAAAAGGCAAAAAAAAUAAAAUAAAUAUAUCUAGGCAGGUUAUCGGUGGGUCUGUGAGAUAUGGCUGUGGCAAUUAUAUUGUAGCUUUAAAACACUAUUGUUAUUACCAUUUAAUCAUUUAUCCAAUAAAAACAUUUAAAAACUGAUUUAUGUCUGGAUUACUUGUAUUGUUCUGUGUUGCUUAUCAUUUUGCGUGGAUUAAAAAUAUAGCAUAUUUAGACAAGGACCCACUAGAAUAGCUUCAGAUUGACAGGGUGACCUUUUUAUUAAAGAGAACAGAAAAACAAUUAUAACAAUCUUCACACAUGGGGGGGAAAAAAAAGUAAUCAAGCAUUUACACAUCAAGUACUGAACUGAAACAACACCUUAAUCUUGGUUAUCCCCCAGUAACCUUCCCUCCCAAAUCGUAAGAUACUGACACUUCUCAUUUUUAAACUUCAAAACUUGUAACAUUUUAAAGCUAUAGAGUGGAUGUUUAAACUUCUGAUUUUAUAAAUCAUGUGACAUGACUACCUUUUGGAGGUAAAGUAUAUCUAAUAUUUCUGUGCAAUUUACUGUAGAAGCUGCUUCACCUACGCAUAACAUCUUUAUUGCCGCACUUUUUUUUCAUGUAUAUAGAAGCCUAUGUCUACCCAUUCUUGCAGUUCUGCUAUUUUAAGGUAAUUUUUCCUAUUUUGCAUCCAUCUUUUUUUAAUGUGGGUGCUGCCGCCUUUAACUAUAUCUUUUAAUUUUAAGACUGAAGUUGGUUGAAGAUAAUGCUUGCCAAAUAACAAACCAAAAAAUGGAUGCAAAGUAAAAUAAAACAACCUUAAUGAGCAAAAUAGUUUAAGAGGGUUGCACAGGAUUAGAUACACAUGACCAAAUAAAGAGUAGUAAUGGACAAGUUCAGGUGAGACUUCCAUAGAACAUAUUUUCCCACUAGUAAAGGACAGUUAUCUUGGAUAUUCAUUUUUAUUAAAGUAAUAUUAUUAAGCAGAGCAGUCUGAUCUGUGGCAGUCAGUUUGAUUGUGACUCACGUACAUUCAUCUCUCUGACAGGCAAGAGACAGGAAACAGAAUUUGUGAAGUGUCCAUUUUGGAUUAAACUGUUUUGACGAUCAAGGAAGAAAUUGCUGGCCUGGAACUUAACACUUAAAUAUUCCGUCAACAUCCAACAUUAUAAUGAUAAAAAUAAAAAACACGGCUUUUACACACACCAUAUAAAUAUUCCUUUGAAACUCCAGUCAAAAGGUACACAAUAACAAAUACACUAUUUCAUAACCAAGAUGUAGGUCAAUAGAACUAUUUAAAUAACUAAAAUGUUACUUACUUUACAUUCUAACACUCACAACAGGAAACAUCAGCUUGUCCAUUUUACAAAUGACAUUAUCCCUUUACCCUCAGAACUUGGUCCUGGGGACUCUUGUAGUUCUGUUACAUUUUCUCAAACAUUUCAUAUUUUAAUGGGUUUUACAAAUAAUAGAAAGGCUGUCUGUCAAGUGCAGGUCCACCAUGAGGGUACUGAUCCCCUGUGAAGAUUAUUCAUUUAAUUCCUGCAGCGAAGAUGGGAAUCCACAGCCAUGUCUUUACUCUAGAUUGUGUAAAAUAAAUCAUUUCUUUGCAGCCUCGGUAGCACCUACCAAUCAAGCCUGUAGUUUGUGCUGUCCUGUUGGACUGAUACUGACUUGCAACAUUGAGGGUCAGAAUUGAUGUAUUACACAACAGAGGGGCAAUUCAUCAGGAAUUAGGCACACAAAGGUGUACUACAUAUGGCAUGUUUUAUACACGCACAGCAGAUGGUGUUGCUGAAUGAUGUGAGGACCUACAUUGAAAUAUAUUCUAAAGCUUGAAGUAUAAGAUGCGUCCAGCUGACAGGUUUCCUUAAUACCUUGAGAAGGAUAUCUGCUUUCUGCAAUCACCUGUGAAGCAUCAUACAGCCCUUGGGUUGGGGUUCAGAGCCUCUGAUGGUGUCUUCUUGUGGGUCAUCGCUCCAUCAUAAUUCGCUGUGUAAAAAUGCACAUUUUUCAAUUCCACAAAUGGCUCAUUCUGUUUGUGAACGAGAGCUCACCCCUGUGUUGAGGUUGACUGAAGCAUUACAAGAUCCCAUCGCCAGAUUUAACUGAAAUAUUAACUAUAAAAACUCAAUGGAUUCCGUUCAUUGGAGAGUUCAAAUAGAUCUUGUUACUACAAAAUGGUUUCUUGAAACGUGAAUUAAGGCAUACAGUACUGUACAGAGAGAUUCCCUUAGAGGUAAUGAGCUUCCUAAAUACAAAAAAAAAAACAACUUUUUGACCCCAUUCCAGCCCCUGCUAAGAGUUCCCUUUGAUUGAGAGAGCUCAAAGGACCUCUGGCCGAGGGGAGAAAUAGAUUAAAUACAGUGGUUUUCAACACUGGUCUUCAAGUACUCAGCACUCCAGGUUUGUGUUUCAUCCUGGUGUCACGCUACAUUUUACACCAAACGUUUAUCAUACAUGCCUAACCUCCUUUAGAGGUUUGGACUGCGUUUUGCCACAGUCUCAGUUUUAUAUAAAUAUCAACCUUUCUGGUUCGAUUAUUACGCAAUGAUUUUUUUUUUUUUUUAAUUAUUGCAAAUGGUAAUGAACACAGACUGUAGAGGAAUCCCUGCAGCUACACAGUUUGGAGUCUGAGGCUGUCUGUCAGUGCUGUCUUCUGGGCACUGGAAAGCAAUGCAUGUUUAAAAUAAAUAUUUGGUACAAAAAGCUGUACAGUUAGGGGGUACACUCAAGGACCAGGGUUGAAAAGCACCGAUUGAAUAGAUCUACAAAUGAACUGAUUCCCUUGCAGUGCCAAGUAGGUCUUGGCUUCUUGAUGAAUCCACAUUGUUUUAAUAUAUUUAUUUUUCUUUAGAAGAAAGGCACCCCAGUUUAUCAACCGCCUUGUGGAAUAACCGAGUUAAAAGGUAACGCCUGUUGAUUCUGUAUUUACAUACUGUACUGUACCUUAAAUCUGACAUCUACCGUUUCCCAACAUAACUGCAGUAGAUACAGGGCGGUGCUCAAAGUCAUGGCUUUGGAUGAGAUUGCAAAUACCUGAUGCAGGACCCAUCAAAAACUGGCGCACAUCUUCUCAAACUGGCAAAGGAUUGUCAUCCAUGUCAUGUUUAAUACAUUGUCUCUAUAGAGCUCGAAAAUAACUAUGCCCCUUUUUCUUUUUUUACGAAAACUAAGUAGCAAACUAUAUAUAUAUAUAUAUAUAUAUAUAUAUAUAUA